CAGUCGGCAGUCGGCAGUCGAUAUUGACUAUUGUUAUUAUUAUUAAAAUGUAUUUAUUAUAAAAAGAGAGUAUGACGCCAGCUGACGUGCUCAGUUGCCGGGUUGAUUUUAAUUGAUGCUGUAGUAUUUGAUAAUAAGUCUCAGUUUGAUAUUAAAAUUUAAAAAAUAUAUUAUAUACUCUGUUUUAAUAAAUAAAAAAUUAUUUAAUAAUUAUGAGUGAAAAAAAAAAACAAGUUAGAGUUUGGUGUGAUGGAUGUUAUGACAUGGUGCAUUUUGGUCAUGCAAAUUCAUUGAGACAGGCCAAGGCCUUGGGUGAUUAUUUAGUGGUUGGUGUUCAUACUGAUGAUGAAAUAACUAAACAUAAAGGACCUCCAGUUUUUACACAAGAAGAACGAUAUAAAAUGGUUAGAGGAAUAAAGUGGGUUGAUGAAGUUGUUGAAGGUGCUCCUUAUGUUACAACACUUGAAACACUGGAUAAAUAUAAUUGUGAUUUUUGUGUUCAUGGUGAUGACAUUACAAUGACAGCUGAUGGUAUUGAUACUUAUCAUUUUGUCAAAAAAGCUAAUCGUUACAGGGAAGUGCAAAGAACUGCUGGUGUCUCGACAACAGAUUUAGUAGGUCGAAUGUUGUUAAUGACAAGACAACAUUUUAGACAAGGAGAUAGUGAGUAUUCAGUUGAUAGAGAACCAAGUAAGAGCAUGGGUCAAGAUAAAUUAGCAAGAAGUCCAUGGACUGGUUGCUCUCAAUUUUUACCAACAACACAAAAAAUAAUACAAUUUAGUGAUGGUAAAAGUCCACAGCCAGAUGAUAAAAUAGUAUAUGUUGCUGGAGCAUUUGAUUUAUUUCAUGUUGGUCAUCUUGAUUUUUUACAAAUUGCUAAAAAAGAAGGUGACUAUCUUAUUGUUGGAUUACACACUGAUCCAGUUGUCAAUCGUUAUAAAUGUGGAAAUUAUCCAAUAAUGAAUUUACAUGAACGAGUACUAAGUGUACUUGCUUGCAAGUAUGUCAAUGAGGUUGUUAUUGGUGCACCAUAUGAAGUUACUAAAGAUUUAAUGGAACACUUUAAUGUGUCAAUUGUGUGUCAUGGACAAACACGAAUAAUGCCAUGUUACAAUGGAAUUGAUCCAUAUGCCGAACCAAAACGACAAAAUAAAUUUAAAUUGUUGGACAGUGGCAAUGACAUGACAACUGAAAAAAUUGUCGAGAGAAUUAUUCUUCAUAGAUUGGAAUUCGAGGAUAGAAAUUUGAAAAAGGAAAAAAAAGAACUUGCUGUUUAUGAAGCAAUUGUUAAAUCAAAAAAAGCUGAAUUAACUGAAUGAAAUGCAUCAUGAAAAAUUAUUAUUUAUUCAAUUAAAAAAAUAAAUAAAAAAAUAAUUAUUAACCAGUUAAUUUAUUUUUAAUGAAUUGAAUAUAAACUAAUAAUUUAAUAUAAAAUAAUGUAUAUGUUGAAUAUUUUUUAAACACAAAUGCCAAAAGAAAUUGCAAUAUUGAGAAUCAUCAUUCAUUUAUUAUUUUCGGUGCAUUUUCAUUUAAAAUAAUAAUUCUCAAUUCACAUAAUAAUAUUUAAGAAAUAUAAGCAAUUAAAAUAACACGCGCAAUUUAAAUUUUAAUUAUCAAUCUUAGUUUUACGAAAAAAAUAUAAAAUAAACAAAUCAUGUAUAUCAUUCACAAAAUUUCUAUACACGUAUUAUUUAAAUAUAAACAAUUUUUAUUUUUAAUUACAUUGAAUAAUAAAUUGAUUAAUAAAACCAAAGACAAAUGGAAAAAAAAAAAAAAAACAAUAUGUCUCAUCAAUUUUUAAAUUAUAAAAUCAAAAAAAAUAAAAUAAAAUAAUUGUGUAUAUAUUAUAUAAAUUAUUUUCAGUCAAUAAAUAAUAGCUAAAUAAAUAAUAAAUUUAAAUAUUAUCAUUGCAA